UUGUUCGGUCUGUCGCUUUGCUGGGUGUAACAGUGAUCAAGCUUCCUGUGAGAGCGAAAGCAAAUAAUGUAGCUAGCAAGCUGGCGAGCCACUAGCUAGCUGCAUAGCUAGUGUGAUGGUAAUAACCGACAUCUUUGUCUAGUACGAGCUUCGGCUUUCUAGCUAUAUGAUCUCCACUGUGCGAUCGGCGAGCAACCCAGAAAUAUGCCGCAUAAAACGCUGGGACACAUCGUAGGUUUGCUUUGCACCGGGACCUACCUAGUGCAGUUUCAAAGGGUUGGAAAUUGCUCUCUGUGUCGUGCAGGGAAAGGAGUUUUGCUUCGGGGUCAACAAUGAGCAGUACCGCUGUGAGAUGGGCUACUGCUGCGGAGAGACGCACUGCUGCACCUACUACUACGAGCUGUGGUGGUUCUGGUUGGUGUGGACUCUGGUCAUCAUGCUGAGCUGCUGCUGCGCAUAUCGCCACCGCCGGGUGAAAAUGCGUCUUCAGCAGGAGCAGCGGCAGCGGGAGAUCAGCCUCAUGGCCUAUCAGGGCGCCUCCAGCUCCUUCGUCUCCCCGCCGCCCAUCAGUCUACGCUUCUGGACUGACUGCAAGCUGCCGGAUUACGAGGAGGUAGUGGGCCACCCCCCCACCCCGCCACCACCAUACUCAGAGAGUCCCCUUGAGGUCCUUCCCGUCGCACAUCUUGUAGAGCCAUCAUUGCUGGGGUCCCCGGGGGGGGCGGGGCCUGUCAGGGAGCAAGCGGCCGGCCUGCCAGCUGACGACGCCGGGGCAUCUGGCCAGUCGACGCAGCAGGAGGCGGAGCCGCCUGAGGCCCCGCCCUCCGGGGAGGAGAUGAACACCCGCCGUCGGCACGUGACGGGCGACUCUGGCAUCGAGGUGUGCGUGUGCCAGAUAGAUGCUGGGGACAGCUCUGCGCCUGAGGAGGAAGAGGAGGACCAGGAACGCCUUUGCCAGGGGGCUUCAGGCUCCUGCUGUGCUGAGCGCCUGUCCGGUGGGCAGAGGAAGGCUUCUUACGAGGCGCUGGCCCCAGACACCUGCAGCGGCGGAGAUGCUCUGGUGUGAGAGAGCUGAGGGCAGGUCUGGGGCUUCCUGCAGUCGUCCUCAUUAAUAUCCCUCAACGGAAAACCUGCCCAGACUUCUCAAAAGGGUGUAGGAAUAGCGCGUGGGUUCUGCUCUCUCGGACAGCUUCAUUGCCUUAAACGAGUUGUCAUGGUAAUAACGAUAAUUGCAGUGCAUCUGGCUUGUUUCCUAUCUUGCAGUCUGUGGUGAGGGUUUGUCCCCAGUCCCAGUCCCAG